GUGUGUGGACCGCGAGGAUCGAUCCGUCGGCUCAUCCCGGACUGUGACUGACACAUGCAAUCUCAUUUCUGGAAUACCUGUCUUACCUGGUUCAAGUGAGAAUUACUGCUGGUGUUUCCCUGGAUGUUUAUUGACAAGUCGGGAUAUAUCGGCUAUCGUGUGUCGUCCGCCAGUCAGGCAUGUAGACAAGGAGUCGAGCUAAGAGUCUCAUUUGUUUGUUUCACGGGAGUAUUUGAGUUUAGUGAAGAAUGUUCGGGAGGAAAAAACACAGUGCUACGAUCACAGAGAAGGACCCUAUGUUCGAGGCGAGGUAUCUGGGAAAUGUGGAAACGUUCACAGCAAACGGGAAAGGAUGUGCCAUAAUACCGGUUCAGAAACUCUGGGAUAACUCACCGUCGGAGCGCCAUCUGAAGAAAGUGUUAAUGGUGAUAAGUGCGUCUGGGAUUGUACUGAAGGACCACAAGAAGGAGGAAGGUAAGAAGUUUGGUAUUGAGAACAUCACGUUCUGCAACGCCGACAAGAUAGCGGAGGAGCGGGUGUUCUGCUGGAUCUGGAAAGUACCGGGGGUGCGCCGCCUGGAGUGUCAUGCCGUGCUGUGUGGCAGCCGCGAGACAGCCCGGGCCAUGGCUCUCGUGUUGUCCCGAGCCUUCCAUGUCGCUUAUAGAGACUGGAGAGCAAACAGGGGCAGGCAAAUGCGCCAGCAGCACACGCAACUUCAAGAGAAACGUGGCGAGAAGGGGUCAGAGGAGGCCCCCGGGGGGAUGAACGGUCUGCUCCCAGGGUGUGUCGAAGGGAAGAGUGGAGUGGCGACAAGGCGCGGGUCCACCACCAGCAGUUGUUCCGGGUUUGAAUCCAGUGAGAUUCUGGAUCCAGAGGAUGAGGAAUGGAUGCGGGCGGACGAGCGCGUGCAAGCAAUAGUACGUGGGGAGAGGGACAGCGGGUUGGGCUCCGACUGACCCCAGGAUCAGACACACCAGGAUCAGACACACCAGGAUCAGACAACCCAGGAUCAGCCAACCAGGAUCAGACACACCAGGAUCAGACACACCAGGAUCAGACACACCAGGAUCAGACACACCAGGAUCAGACAACCCAGGAUCAGACAACCCAGGAUCAGACACACCAGGAUCAGACACACCAGGAUCAGACACACCAGGAUCAGCCAACCAGGAUCAGACACACCAGGAUCAGACACACCUGUAUUGUAGAUGUUCAAUAUAUUCCAGACGGCUUCUGUUGUUUCAAAAAGGGAAGAUUUCCCCCCAAACACUAAUGCAUAUAACAAAGGACCGCGCACACUGGCAGAAGCCCAAAUUGUGUGUGCUGGUCAGACAGAACGUAUGCAGUGAAUCCCGACUUGAUGCGGAAACACGCGGAGCAACGACUCUAAACGGAUUCCGUGUCCUGUCUGUCUCGUUACGGGAUGUUGGCACCUGGUGGCGAGGAGGAAUCUACACUCGUUCCCUAUGCGGACAAUGAUAGUUUAUGUAUACCUGCAAUAUGUUAUUUAUCAGAUAUAUAUAUAUAUCGUGUAUGACAUCUAGAGUGGAGGUAUGGUGUGUAUGACAUAGUUAUAUAUCCUACGUCUAUGCAGUAUGUGGUUGCCAACACCAGCACAAGUAUGUUUAUUAAUGUAUAUAUAUUUACUGCGUACAUGACGUAUGAAUGAUGAUUAUAUCUGACGAUUAACUUGUAUCAUAACUGUAUAUUUUGUAAAUCACGUG